GUUGGAACUUGGAUUGAAAACUCAACAACAACUCAUUGUUUGGAUAAGUAAGUAGAAAUCUGGCAAUAAACGUAUUCUAUUUUUGUAACGUAGAAAAUUAGAAAAAUAAUAGUAAGAGGAAAAGGCAUGGUUUAGUCUGGUCAAGUUAAUGUAAACCAGAGUGGUUAAAAACAAAACGACAAAGCAAUUUGGCUUCUUAAAAACCCGCCCAUGGAGAAAGCCCUCACGCACCUCUAAACCACAAACAAAAAGAGAGAGAAGAGAACGAGAGAAUCAUUGAGAAACGAAACAACAAUGGCCGUCUCAUCAUUCCAGUGCCCUACCAUCUUCUCCUCCUCCUCAAUCUCCGGCUUUCAAUGCCGUUCUGAUCCAGAUCUCGUCGGUUCUCCCGUCGGUGGAUCAUCUCGCCGUCGUGUCCAUGCCUCCGCCGGGAUUUCUUCCUCAUUCACCGGGGACGCUGGAUUAUCCUCCAGGAUCUUAAGAUUUCCUCCUAAUUUCGUCCGUCAGCUGAGCAUUAAAGCCCGUAGAAACUGUAGCAACAUCGGUGUUGCACAGAUCGUGGCGGCUAAGUGGUCCAACAACCCAUCCUCCGCGUUACCUUCGGCGGCGGCGGCUGCUGCUACCUCGUCUGCAUCUGCGGUUUCUUCCGCCGCAUCUGCAGCCGCAGCCUCGUCCGCCGCCGCCGCCCCUGUGGCUGCCGCGCCUCCCGUCGUGCUGAAAAGCGUCGAUGAGGAGGUUGUGGUGGCCGAGGAGGGGAUCAGGGAGAAGAUAGGUAGUGUACAGCUGACGGAUUCCAAACAUUCUUUCUUGAGCUCCGAUGGGAGCCUCACUGUUCAUGCCGGUGAAAGAUUAGGCCGUGGUAUAGUGACGGAUGCUAUCACUACUCCUGUAGUCAACACAUCUGCCUACUUCUUCAAGAAAACUGCUGAGCUUAUUGACUUCAAGGAGAAAAGGAGUGUGAGUUUCGAGUAUGGUCGUUAUGGUAACCCUACGACUGUGGUACUUGAAGAUAAGAUAAGUGCACUUGAAGGGGCUGAAUCAACUUUGGUUAUGGCAUCUGGGAUGUGUGCAAGCACUGUUAUGCUUUUGGCAUUGGUUCCUGCUGGUGGACACAUUGUCACUACUACUGAUUGCUACAGGAAGACUAGGAUCUUCAUGGAGAAUUUUCUUCCCAAGUUGGGGAUCACUGUCACUGUGAUUGAUCCUGCUGAUAUCGCAGGGCUUGAAGCUGCAGUGAAUGAGUUCAAGGUAUCUCUGUUCUUCACUGAGUCCCCGACAAACCCAUUCCUUAGAUGUGUCGACAUUGAGCUAGUUUCAAAAAUAUGCCACAAGAGGGGAACUCUGGUUUGCAUUGAUGGCACCUUUGCAACACCUCUGAAUCAGAAAGCCCUUGCUCUUGGUGCUGAUCUUGUCGUGCACUCUGCUACAAAGUACAUUGGAGGACACAAUGAUGUUCUUGCUGGAUGCAUCUGUGGUUCACUGAAGUUGGUUUCAGAAAUUCGCAAUCUGCAUCAUGUGUUGGGAGGAACACUUAACCCAAACGCUGCGUACCUAAUCAUCCGAGGCAUGAAGACAUUGCAUCUUCGUGUACAGCAACAGAAUUCGACCGCUUUUAGAAUGGCCGAAAUUUUAGAGGCACAUCCUAAGGUGAGUCAUGUGUACUAUCCAGGCCUUCCAAGUCAUCCCGAACAUGAACUCGCCAAGCGACAAAUGACUGGUUUUGGAGGUGUGGUCAGUUUCGAGAUUGAUGGAGACAUUGAAACGACAAUCAAGUUUGUGGAUUCUCUAAAGAUUCCUUACAUUGCACCAUCCUUCGGUGGCUGCGAAAGCAUUGUUGACCAACCUGCUAUCAUGUCCUACUGGGAUCUGCCGCAAGAGGAGAGACUAAAGUAUGGAAUCAAAGAUAACUUGGUUCGUUUCAGCUUUGGAGUUGAAGACUUUGAAGAUGUCAAAGCUGACAUUCUUCAAGCUCUCGAAGCCAUCUGAAAAUGACACAUCACACAAAAACGCUGUCGUUUCUUUGUCCUUUAUUUAUCUCUCUUUGCUGUUUUCAGUCACCGUAAUAAUGAUGUCUUUGAACUAUUGUUCCGCGACAUUUACGUUCCGAAAUAAUCGUGUACUAUUAUGAUGUUUGUUGUGCUAUAUAAUAAAUUCUGUUUAGUUCGUUUUGCGUCUUAAAGAGGUUAAAUUAGAUAACUGGUCCCAUGUGAACGACCAUUGUGGCCAUUGCUUUGUGGUAAGAACUCCUUGUGCUUGGAACCUCAAGGUCACGGCUUCGAACAAUGGUCAUGACCCUCUAGCUUCUGCUUCUUCUUCUCUUUGUUUCAACAACAUAUAAGGCAUUCAUAAAUGCCUCGUCUUUUUUUGUUUUCUUUCCUUUCAAUACGUAGUUCGAUUUCGAUUUCGAUUUGUAGAUCUCAGCAAAAUCCAUGUCUUGAGAGAAUGAUUAAUGGGCCUUUUU